CUCCAAGUCUCUUGAGGUUUCAGAAUGCCGGAACCAGCCAAGUCCGCGCCCGCCCCGAAGAAGGGCUCCAAGAAGGCGGUGACCAAGGCGCAGAAGAAGGACGGCAAGAAGCGCAAGCGCAGCCGCAAGGAGAGCUACUCGGUGUACGUGUACAAGGUGCUCAAGCAGGUGCACCCCGACACCGGCAUCUCGUCCAAGGCCAUGGGCAUCAUGAACUCGUUCGUCAACGACAUCUUCGAGCGCAUCGCGGGCGAGGCGUCGCGCCUGGCGCAUUACAAUAAACGUUCAACCAUCACGUCCCGGGAGAUCCAGACGGCCGUGCGCCUGCUGCUGCCCGGCGAGCUGGCCAAGCACGCCGUGUCCGAGGGCACCAAGGCCGUCACCAAGUACACCAGCUCCAAGUGAGGCGCGAGCACGCGGCCUGGCUCCUGACCCAAAGGCUCUUUUCAGAGCCACCCACGUUUUCCGAAGAGCGCUGUAGGCAGAAACUUGAAAAACUGGGUGAUCUAGUUGCGGCAAAGCCCUGAAGGUUGGUUAAAACAGGUCAUACAGGUCCAACCACGAAGGUGCUGUGGGCUGGGAGAUGGGGCCCGCCCUUAUGUACGUGUGAUCCUUGCUCCCGGCCAAGACUUCAGCGCAAAGUAACUCACUUUUUUCCCAAACCUAGCAUGCGGUCUCCCCACCUUGGGUUAAGUGGUGCUUUCUGUUAGGAACAUGGGGGGUGUCCGUCUGGUGGUGUUCAGUGGAUUGAGCGCCUAUGGACCAAGAGGUCCCGGGUUUGAUUCCUGAUCGGGGCACAUGCCUGGGUUGUGGGCUUGAUCUGCAGGAGGCAGCCGAUGUGUGUCUUUCUCACUGAUAUUUUUCACUUCCUCUUCCUGUCUACCUAAAAGUGAAAACAUAAGAAAAAUGAACAAUGUAACUAACGAAAUCACAAGUACUUAAAAAAACAUGGAAAUGGUUACAGGAAAUGAGGUUUACAAUUACAAAAACAGGCUUUUACAAUUUAGGAUAAAAUGCUGUGUGCUUUAGAAGGAUCCUGUGGUUUUUUCCAAGAUCGAUUUGGCACUAGGCAGGGGUCUCCGUUGGAAAGCAGCUGUCUCCUCACGGAUGCCUGGGGAAGGGUGUCACCUGGCCUCGUUGGGGUGGAAACGCAUGUGCAAGGCCCUGGCCGAGGCCCCAUAAACCCCACUGAUUGCUUCAAGUUCCAGUGCCUAGCGCCUCCAAGGUGCGUGCCUCCAUCGCUCUAAAUUCCUGUGCUGUCAUGUCCUCCCCGGUUAGGAGAGAGAAGGAAAAAGUCAUUGUAAAUAGGACUAGAUCAGUGGUUCUCAGCCUUGGCUGCACGUUACAAUCACCUGGGAAUCUUUUUAACAUCCUGAUUUCCGGGCCUCAUCCUCCGGAAAUUCUGUUUCUUUGUGAUGGGGCGGGGCCACAGCAUUAGUGACAUUCUUAAAAUUAGUAGAAUUCUUGUUCCCGGGCCAUGGCCCCGCGUUCACGUGGGCAGCCCCCUCAUUCACGCGACCACUCCCUCCUGGCGCAGCCACACUGUGUUCACAUGACUGUGUUAACGUGACAAUCGUCCCAACCUGUGAAGAAUUUGGGGGUUUAUUUGAGCCAAACUGUCGACACUUGCAGGGAAGCCGGAUCUCAGUGCGUCGGGACAGCGCUCUGGAGAUGGCGGUUUUCGCGCUGUUUAAUAAAUCACCGUCAAAGGCGGAGCCAUGAGCGGGUCACAUGAAAUCUAUUGGCGAUGAUGAGAGAGGCGGGAGAAAGCAAAGCGGAGACCCUCCUCUGUGGUCGCUUCAGGUCUCUGGAGUUGGCAAGGCCUCCAAGCAGGCCUUCCCGGAGGUAGUCAGGAGGAGCAAAUGGGCUUUAGACACGUCUUUCCCCGUCACUGGUUACUGCUGGACACAGUGGCAUCUCACUAGCCAAUGAAAAUGAGAAAUACUAGAAAAUAAAGGCAUAUUUCUAACAAUUGUGGAAGAAUAAUUAAGAACCUGGCUUAAAACAUCAUUUUUUUUCUCUGAG